CGUUGCGUAUCGUGCCAUCUCUAUCCAUCAGUCAAAAAUUCAAGACUUUAGUUGUCGACACGGCUAAAGUUUUAAAGUUUUUUACGAUCCUCCAAAAGUAACUUUGUACGUGUAAUCUUGUGUUUCGAAGCACCUGUUUAUUGUUUUAAAGUGAAUAAAUGGUGUGAAAUCAAUGAGAAGUUUGUUUUCGUGAUGUAUGAAGGCUGUGUAACUGUUUAUUGUUUCAUGUAGGUGGCUACCUACUAUUGUAGUUGGGCCCAAUGUGAAAGUGUUUUGGCAUAAAAUUCAGAUCCCAUUGUUCAAUCUUUCCGGGUGUAUACUGGGAAAAACGCUAAUAACUGUGAUUUGCUUAAGACGUCGCUUAAUUUUAGUGAAAUGUGUGUUAUUUUAGUGUUUAAUUUUGUAUAGCCACAUAAUUAAAAUUUGCAUGGAAUCCACGGCAGCUACAAUGAAUUUACAACCAUUGGAGAACAUAUUUUCUUCAGACGAGGGCGGCGGCAGUUCGGACUCUCGCUCCGACAGCAGCGAGGACGAGGUCACAGAGCACGUGACGAGAUCCACGCCACCACCAGACAUGGCCGCCGCCAGGGCACAGGUGCCAACGAUAAGCGUGACCCCGCACAGCCCGGGGUUGCUGGAAGACAGCUUGCAGCAGCUGCGACGAUUGCACGCCGCUGUGCAGCGCAUGAGAACUGCGCCAUUACCUUUAUUGGCAACUGGCACGAGUCGUCUCAGCACAUCAUGUCCGUCUCUCUGCAAGGAUGGAGUAGUGGAAGCCGACUGCUCUUCACCGACACAUCUCGACUUCUACCCACAGAGCCGGAAGGGCAGCGGGGAGUCCAGACAAUGGGGUCUUUGGGAGCGACGCGACGAGGGCCGGCGCAGCAGUUGGGCGGCGCUGGAGCCCGGGCCACGGACACACGACACGCACAGACAGCGCAAUGCGCUGAACGGUCACAGCGCGUCGCUGUCCUCCAUGGAGUCGGAAGGCGAGGUGCCGCGGCCUGUCAGACAUUCCACACACUCGCUCAAUGAUAAUGAUCUCGCUAAAGACUUCGAGAAAGUAACAGCGGCGCUCCGAGCGGGUGGCGUGGUCCCCGGCUCGGGGGUCGUUGCUCCAGUCGAGGGAGCCAGGCUGGCGGCGCGUCUACCGCUUCAGAAGUCUGUGUCCACGCCGAGCAUUGUGGCUGCCGUGCAACCGCAUCUCGCGCAGCCGCCGCCUAAUGUCGGCGGUAAUGCGGCCAGUGACUCGGAGAGCGACGAUGCGUCGGCCGCUACCGUCGGCGCCGCGCAGCCGACGAGGCUCAGUACUGCGCAAGACCAUCUUGGAUUGCACCGCCUUACUUUUUUGGAACAAGCGGCUUUUGAUCAUCACGCUGAGAAGAGACGAAAACGGGGCAGCUUAUUCUUCAGGAAGAAGAAGGACAAAUCCCGCAAGACGGCGCAUGCGUGGUCGGCGGCGUGCUCCGGCGGUGACUGCGACUGGUGCGGCCGAGCACUUGCUGACAAACCGGCGCUGUAUUGCGAUAAUUGUACAAAGACGGUGCAUCAGAAUGUAUGCAAAGAUUACUUUGACUGCAAUAAGCCGAAACCAUCAAAGACAUCAGUGGCCAAAUCCCUAAGCGCGAAUAGUGGCAAGAGCAGCAAGCGCAGUUCCGUGUCUAGCCAAUCACAAAGCACCAAUAGCACCAGCCAUAUCUAUAACGACGACAAAGACGGCUCCGACCACAAACAUGAUCAGAGCAAUGCAUCAGACGACGCGGGCGUAUCAGAAUGGCCCGAGGUGUAUCUAACGCCCGAACAAUUGGGAGACGAAGCUAUCCGCCUAGGACUGGGUGCUUGCGAACCCGACACUUGGGCUGCAGGGGCACCCAAAGGCCUUGCCAAGCAAUUGGGCGAUAGAGAGACGAAGCGACAAGAACACAUUUACGAGCUAAUAUUGACGGAGAAACAUCACUGUUUGACUAUCAGGCUGAUGCAGAAGAUGUUCGCAGAAGGCAUGGUCCGCGGCGCAGGCGUGUCGGCAGCACAAGCGGCUCGCAUGUUCCCGCGCGUGGACGAGCUGUGGGCGCUGCACGCGGCGCUGCUGGGACGCCUGCGAGCUCGCCAGCGCCUCGCGCCGCACGUCGCCACCGUCGCCGACAUCCUCGCCGACACCUUCGCGCCGCCCGCGCAUCACAAGCUCAAGGCUGCGUACGGUGAAUUCUGUUCGCGUCACCGCGAUGCUGUCGAGGUGUUCAAAGAGUGCUGCACCAGAGAGCCUCGACUGUCCAGGUUUAUACGCAAGUGCCAACAAAACCCACUGCUCAGGAAAAAGGGUGUACCAGAAUGCGUACUAUUCGUCGCACAAAGGUUAACAAAGUACCCGUUACUGCUAGAACCAUUGUUAAAGACGGCGGGCGAUGAUGUUGCUGAGAGAGAAUUGUUGCAGAAAGCGUUAUGCGGCGUUAAGGAAAUCCUUGUAGACGUAGACAAUCAGGUAGCUGCCAAAGAGCGAGAGGACCGCAAACUGGAGAUAUACCACCGCAUCGACGCCAAGUCCUUCGCUAACUUCAGAGGACGCAAGUUUAAGAAGAGCGAUAUAUUGCAGGGGAAUAGGAGUUUGAAGUUUGAGGGCGUGGCGACUCUAAUGCAGGGCCGCAGCAAGAUGCAAACGCUCCUUGUAAUAGUAUUAACGGAUGUGCUGUUCUUUUUGCAUGACAAUAACAACAAAUAUACCUUCUUUACGCCUGAUAAUAAGACGGGCGUAGUAUCCCUAGUAAAGUUACUAGUUCGAGAGAAAGCGGGUGCUGAAGGCAGAGGCCUAUACCUGAUCUGUAGUGGACCUACUGAGCCUGAGAUGUUCGAGCUACGAGUGCACAGGCCCAAGGAUAUACAGACCUGGAUACAGGCUAUCAGAGCGGUAGUCCAAAGCUGUCCCGAAGAGGUGGAGGAAUCUGAGGUAGGAGCGACUGCGCCGUCCGCCGAGGAAAGGCAGCGGCAACUCGACGCGAGGCAUGAGAAUAUAAGACUGAUCACUGAUGCGCUAAGAAGUAAAGACAGGGAGCAUGCAACGUUACUGGAAGAGAAAAUGGCUCUACAGAUGAAACUAGUGGGCAUCACAGACGAGACGUGGCUUACCUUGCCACAUUCAGGUAGCAGUACAGCGUUCCCGGGACUAGUGUUUCCGGACUACGUGCGACUCGCAGCGCCCUCUGCAGAUAAAUACGCGCUAUGGCAGGACGUCUGCAAAGUUGUUACCGAUGCCUUAGAAGCCAGCAGCAUGCCGUGGCAGUGCGGCGGGUCCCUGGGGCGCAGCACGAGCUCCGCGGGCGAGCGCCACUCCGUCGCGUACGAGAGCCCCGCCCUGCCGCGCCGCGCCGACACCUUCGCUGGCUUCGACGCUAACAGGCAUAGAGGUGUAACCCUCCGAAUGUCGACGGACACGCCCACCGAGGGGGGAGAGCCCGAAGCGGACCCGAAGUUACCCGAAGCGACCGACCGACCCGAACUGAGCGGCGAGGCAGUACUGAAACUACAGCACGCAAUAUACACGCUCACCUGCAUCGUGUGGCAGCAGAUGACGACCAUACAUAGUCUAGAAGCGCAAGUGAGCGCGUGGCGCUGGCAGGGCGGCGGCACGGCGCGGCCGGACUGGUCGGACGCGCAGCUGGAGGAGCUGCGCCACGCGCAGGCGCGGCUCACUAGGGACCGCGCCGCCUUCGACGCGCAGCGCCAGGCCGACCAUGCCGCGCUCGCUGCCGAACGCCAGCAGUUGCAAGCCGCGAGACAAGAGCUCGCCGAACAACAGAAGGAUGUUGAACAACAACGGGAGAGGCUGUUCAGGCAGUUGGAGAGGUUGCAGCAACAUGCCGGAGGGUCUCAAGAAGAAAUAGCGAGUGUUGGCACUUUGUCACCGGACUCCAGCGUUAGCGAUACUACGCGGCGGAAAGAACCAAAAUGGCGGAACAACCGCGGCUCAACGGGGUCAGAGUCAUCAGUGAGCGCCUGUAGCGUCCGCAGCGGUGUAUUGCCGCCGCCGCAGCUGCUCUCCGCUCAGAACGAGACGAGGGCCACUGUUGCAGCUUCUAACAUUUCCCAAAUGGUGAAACAGCAGCUCCCGUUAAAGCUAGCCAGUGGCAAGAGUCAGCAACCGCCUCCCGGCUACCAUCGACUGCAUGAAUCGCCUAGCGAGCAUCAGAACCAAGGUCUAGUGAUCCAUCACACUCGCACGGGCAGCUCGCCCGCCCCGCUGCCCUCGCAGCAGCAGAUCAACAAUAAAGCCACCAGAACGAACACCUACCCGAAGCUGCCCGACAAGUUCCGAGUGCGUUCCCCAGACAGCUCGGCCCCGGCGGCGCCGGCGGAGGAGGAGGUGAUCUUCUUCUGACAGACGCCGCCCGCGCAGCCGCACACGCGCUCCUGAGACUGUCGCCUCUCAUAAGACCUUCCGACUUAUGUAGCCCUGGUACUUUGCGUUCUCUUAGUUUACGUACCUAGAUUUUAUGCUGCCCUGGUACUUUGCGUUCACUUAGAUGAUUUUGUUUCCGAUAUUUUUCAUUUAAUUACUUAGAUGAUUUUUAUAUAUUUUUGGUGAACUCGUAAUGUGUGGCAGAGGUGAAUGGAUUCUACUGAAUGUAUAAGUUGACUAGCCGUUUCAUCCGCGUCCCGUGGGAACUGCUGCCCGUACCAUGAAUGAAAUAUAGCCUACGGCACUCAGGAACAUUGUAGCUACCUAUCAGGGAAAGAAUUUUUGAAUUCCGGCCAGUCGAUUCUAAAGAUACAUACAAACUUAAAGUUUUUACCUGUUCAUAAUAUUAGUAUAGAUGGUUAAUUAUACUCCGUUUGAAUAUGCACACUAAAAGGUAGUCUUUGCUCAGCAAAUACACUCGGCUAUUUAUUUUUCUGUCUGUCUAAUGUUACAUGACAGUGACAACAAUAAAUGUAGGUACAUCAAAGCAAAAGUAAAUUCUAUUCAUCUCUGCCUAAGAUUUCACGACUGAAACUUUUGAUUUCUUUAAUUAUGAACAGCAAUGGAAAUCCGUAUGGAUAACAAAGAAAUAUCUUGUAAGAAUUUAAGCAACUUUCUAGAAUUUUAUCCUAAAUACCACAGAAAUGUUUUAAUGAAAAAAAUAUUACAACUUUACGUAUAAAUUGGUUUUAAUUGGGUCUAGUCAGUGUUUGACUAUAACAAGAUAUGAAGUCUAUUAACUUUACUAUCAUAAUUAAUAAACUCUUUUGCAAAAAAAGCGGGCACCUAUACGGAAUCUUGGUUUUAAGGACUUUAAGUGUAUUUCAAAGGGUUUUAAUGAUUGUAGUAUGUUUCUAGCAUCAAAAGGGUUAGCCAAGCAUGCGUGAGAGUGUAUUCUAAAUUUGAAUUUUGUACAAUUGCUAAGAAAUUGGUUAAACCUUGUUUUGGACUAAUUGCUGGCAGAAUGUUCGUCGGUGUUUUGAAAAGUUUUUGAAGUGAUUUUCAGAAAAAUGAUAAUGCAGUUUUAAUUAAUAAUUAAUAUACCUUUUUGUUAGAUAAAAACAUUUUUGAAAAACUAUGCGUAUUUGAUUAAAUUUUAACCUGCUCUAAACGGGCUAUACUGAUGAUUGAUGGCAAUGUUAAGAGUUUCGGUAUUUUAGUAUGAAGCGUUCUAUUGUUCAGAUAUUGUACCCACGUGUUUUAAAAUAUCGCUUUUUCAUAAUGAAACACUAUUUAGAGGAGUAUCAGUACUUUGGGCUGCGACAAAAUCAAUUUAAAGUAAGCAGUGCCAAUCACAAGUCGUCUCCUAUCAGACUUUGACAUUUUUAAAAGUCUUGAAAUUCUACAAAAUACAGAAAAUAGCGCAUAGACUGCGAGCACGAGGUCUUAAGGUCUCGUAAUCGCUGAUUUUUAAACAACCCCGUCUCUUGGGAAACUCCGUAGACGUCUAUAGAUCUAUGAGUCUGAGCGUUCAAAUAGCGUGUUUUCAUCCCACGGACAUUUUAUUAAAUAAACUGGCCUGCACCGAGAUUUUCUGGCACCUACAGCACUUUCCUGCUUAAAUCAUAACAAUAAUUGGCUAUCUGCUCAUUUCUUAAGAAACAUACGUUUGGCCAACAAUUUUGUAUUCUUGACUCCCUUUCAGCCAAAUCAUCAUUUAGUAACCCGAUACCUAUGGAGUUAUCGAGAGCUUCAACCCGGCAAUAAUUUGACUUUUUAGAUAGCUUUAAUCCUCCUCAUUAUUUUUCAUGAGGUUAAUUUUAACAUUUAGCACAAAAUUUGAUAUUUUUUUAUUGUCAAAGUUCGAUAGGAGACGAGUUGUGAUUGGCACUGCUUACUUUAAAUUGGUUUUGUGGCAACCCAAGGUACUGAUCCUCCUCUAAAUAGUGUUUCAUUAUGAAAAAGCGAUAUUUUAAAACAGGUGGGUACAAUAUCUGAACAAUAGAACGAUUUAUACUAAAAUACCGAAACUCUUAACAUUGCCAUCAAUCAUCAUUAUAGCCCAUUUAGAGCAGGUUAAAAUUUAAUCAAAUACGCAUAGUUUUUCAAAAAUGUUUUUAUCUAAAAAAAGGCACUUUAAUCAUUAAUUAAAACCGCAUUAUCAUUUUUCUGAAAAUCACUUCAAAAACUUUUCAAAACACCGACGAACAUUCGGCCAGUAAUUAGUCCAAAACAAGGUUUGACCAAUUUCUUAGCAAUUGUACAAAAUUUAAAUUUGGAAUACACUCUCACGCAUGCUUGGCUAACCCUUUUGAUGCUAGAAACAUACUACAAUCAUUAAAACCCUUUGAAAUACACUUAAAGUCCUUUUAACCAAGAUUUCGCAUAGGUGCCCGCUUUUUUUGCAAAAGAGCGUAUUAGUGAUGUACUGAGCAACGGGCAAUGAGUCAUUAAAAUUGUCUACCAAUUGAACAUCUAAAAUCGAUUUAAUUUUAUCGAUAUUCGAGUCAGUACAUCUCUAGUCCAAAUAAUAUCAUAAUAAAUAACGAUCAUGUAGAAUCGUUUACUCUUUACACAUAAUUUUAUCGAUACUAACAUUAUUCAAUAAUAAUUUUAAAUAACUAAAAAAAAAUAUCACUAAAAUAUUUUACUGUAUUUAUUCUUGAAACUUUAAAAUCAAAAUAAUUAUAUAAAAAUUGAAGUAAUUUGGCAUUUAACGGCAGCUAUAUUUUAUUUCUACAAAUAACAAACACAUUUAUUACUAAGUACAAACAAUACGAGCUUGAAUAAAUUAUCACACAUUCCAUUUUAAUGAUUAUGAUCUCUAUUUUAACACUUUUAAAGCCUAUUUUACUGCAACAGUAUUUUAACCGCAACUUUUGUACUAAGGCAUCUAUUUACACUGUUCCUUUUUAUUUAAAUUAUUUAUACUGAAUAGGAAGGUCGAGUGAGGUGAAACUUAAAAUAAUUAGAUAAUAAAUAAAUAAAUAAACUUCACAUGUAUACUUAAUAACAAAAAUAUUUGUGACGAGUUUAGUCGAUUACGAUUGAUCGAUAAGAAUCGACUAAAAAGUGUGCGUAAAAAAUGAUACUAACGUGAAAACGGACUAUGCGUUCGCGCGAAAAUGUACUUAGACGAUAAUAAGACAAUUCUACUUUGUGUCAAAGUUCAAAAUAAUGAAGAUCUGAGAGCUAAUUUAAGUGACGGCUACUGUAAUAAGCCGUUGCUGUAGAAUAUGUAACGAAAUGUAUAUUAUAACCAAUAGAACAAAGAUAAUUAAAUUUAUUCGAGUUCCCUUUUACUUAUAGAUCGUUAGUCGAUCUCGAUCUCGAAACACAGGCAUUGUUUUAUUCGAUACUUAGUCGAAUUGAUUCGAAUAAAAGCUUGUGUUAUACAGCCAAUAUGGAAAUUUUAUUCAAGAAAGAAUAAAGUCACCUACUAAUCGAUUAGAGUCUAUUCGAUUACCUAUUUAUAAGUAAAAAGGAUACUAAUUUAAGGUUUUAACUGUAGAACAAUGUCUACACUUAGCGGUCUAUAGGUAAACGAUAGAAAUUGUUAUAUUAGAAGUUUUGGAAAAGUAAAUGAAAAUUCUUGUUGUUGAAAUCAUACAUUGGUAUAUGUAUAUGUUGGCAACAUUUACCAAUAUGGCGGGUUAUUAGUAUUCCAAAUUCAAAUAAAUGUCAAAAAAUUGAUUGUUACAAAAGGAUAAAUAUUUUUUUCCCAAUAUUGGUAAAUGUUUGCAACUUAGGAAUUAAAAAAUGUUUGAAAUUAUAAAAAUUGUUUGUUAUUGGGACAUUUUACAUACAUUUAACUUUUUGAAUCACUUGUUACUCGGUAUUUACUGUUUCGUGUUGUAUGGGGGCAAGACUCAAUGCGACUCAAAUAGCACUGAAAACAUAGACUUAGCUGGGAUCUAGAGAGUGGACACUUUUAAUUCAUAUACUAACUAUGUAUAUCAAAAAAUGUGUGCUCUGGACAUUCGUUGGUGAAAAAUUUAGAUCUAAAUAAGUCCUUUGCAGUUUUUUUUGUUAAAUAGAGUACUCUUUAUCUGAUCCCAAAUAAGUCUAUGCACAGAAAAAUAAAAAUUCUAUUUCUCCACUCAAACAAUAUUAUCUCGAGCACGCCGUUUCAAAACAAAUUCAUAUAUAUUUUCAAUAGUAAUGUAAUUGUUACAUUUUAUAAGCAAAUACGUUUUAAUAAUAACUGUUAACUGUAUAUAUGUUGGCGUAUUUACUAUUAUAUGUAAUAGAAUGUUAUCCGAAUAUUAUGUACUUGUAAUUAAAGUUUCGGAGUGGCAAUUGUUUGUAAAGGCUAACGAUUAUUAUGUAAAUGCUUGUCUGUUUGGUAACGAGCCAGAUAAUGAGCUUAGCUUCGAGUGCUAUAAGGCUGCAUCAAAGUUGUGUAUAAAGAAAGAAGGAAUAAGUGCGGUACUAAGCCUUUUAUUUAAAAACAUUCAAUUGCUAGUCUGCCAGCCGAAUUGAACAGACAAACUUCCCUAUGCCCCCGAAAUUCAACUUUAAAGUAACUGACUAAAGGUUGAUUUUCUCUCACCAAAUAUAUUCGCUGGUCUGUUGGUUCGGCUGCUACAAUAUAUUCUAGGUUUGUGUGCAGCUAUUGUGUGUUUAAAGGUUUCAUUCGUUUGAACGCUGUCUAUGCGUUUUGCGGCAAUAAUCCAAUAUGAAUAAUAGUGUAUGCGGUCGGGUAUCCCGUCAGGAACAAUUUUCUUUGCUCAGAAACUGACAAAAGCUCAUUAUAUAACUUCUGCCAAUCAACUCCGACCGCAAAAUAUGGGAACUUGGUUCCAAAAAAACUUCUUUGUAAUAUAUUAAUUUGACAAAAACGUAUGAUAUCCGCACACAACAGUUGUUUAGCUCAUUUAGAAUACUGUUGUUAUUAAAAAAAAAAACUCAUAAGACUAUGUAACUAUUUUUCGUGCAUUUACUGUAAUCCUUUUUACUAUUUAGUCUUUAGACAAGGUGAUAUUUUAAAUCUAUUUUCUUGUUUAGGAAUACCUUUUCAUACUGUGUGUAUAUAUAUUGACGUUGAUGUUUGAACAUAUUAAUCUUAAGAUAUAUCUUAUUGACCGAACACUAGAGUUAGGUGUCUAUCGGGAAAUCUUCAAAUUGCAAUAAAAUUAUGCAUAAAUAUUAUUCGAUACAAAAAUGUUUAAUGAAUUAAGAGAAGUAUAUGGCAAUUUUAAAUUAGUAGUUUAAAAAGAUGUUUUAAAUUGGAUUUAGAGUUUACUACUUUUUAUUAUAAUUUGUGUAUAUCGUCGGCGUUCCGCCGGAGGUUUCGACUUCAAAACAUCAUGACAAUAAAUAAAUAAUGUUCUAUUUUUCUGAACGAGUACAUGAACCGAUCAUGUUUACUCUAGUGAGACCGCAAGCUACUCACUGCGCUUUAUUUUACAAAAAUGCUUAUUAAGGCCAUUGAUAUUUUCUACUAAUAUUCAAUCAAAUUAUACGCUUUUUAAUACAAUCGCAUUCCAAUGGCCAGAAAACGAUGCAUUUAAAUAAUUAUUGUUCCUUAAAUAGAAUAUAAAGUUUAUCUUAUUCAUUGGGUAUUUUGCUAUUAUAGACAUAAGCAUAAUAUUGCAUUUAGAUAAUUAACUGGAUACAGAACGGGGCUUAUUUUAUUAGCGAUCUAUUGAAACCGUUAUUUCAUCUAAUACAGAAUUAUUGUAUGUUCAAAAUGUUGAAAAAAAUAUUGUCUAUUUUGACCUCUUCAAACUAAAAUAUAUGUGAGCCUAGCAUGAGGUAUUUGCGAGAGCAAAAUAAUAUAAUAUACAGCAACAAUAUACAAAAGUAACGUAUGUAUUUCAAACAUGUUUUUCUUAACAUAGUUGCAGUAAGUCUAAAAUAGUUUUUAUUUUCGUUCACCAACUAAACUAGUAGAUUAAAAGUAGUGUUGCUAGGCUCACAAGAUACUAAAGAGGUCCCUAUACAAAUAGUUAUAUACGCAUAUUUACUUUCAGAGUUUAAAAAUACUACAAAAUAUUAAUAUUCUUGAGCUUUCAAUGCAGUUUGCAUUGCGCCCUUAUGUACAGGAACUCAAGUGUCCGUGCCUUCUAUAGUGAUUAAAUUCAGUUUUUAACAGCUAUGCUUUCACAUUUACGUUUAGAGAAAUACCUUCUACGUAGAAUAUUAUCAUGAAUAAUAUCCAUUUGACGGCAAAAAUAGAGAAAAAUCGUUAUGUUCUCUUAAAUAUGCUGUUAUGUAGAAAUUAUAAUGGGUUUCGUUGUACAGUAGAACACAAAGCCAUCACUAUGUAAUCCAUGUAUUUUGUUCGAUGACGUCACAAAUGGUCGUCAUUCCCAUAGACGUUAUUUAGUGAGAUAAAACCAGUACUUAACACCGUAGCCUAUUAAGUUCGCUCGUUGCAAUAUUUAAAAAACUUAUAUAAGCUUUAAAAUAUAUUUAUAUUUUAGUUAAACCCUCCUAAUUUUUCCUAUUAUUUUGUGGCAACGACAAUACUGUAUGUAUUGCUCAAAUUAUGCUCAUUUUUAAUCCUUGUACUUAUUUCUAUAGUGAUAUUAAUAUUUUAUUCGUGUAACGAACUGCGGUUCGUGUUUGAUUAUAAGUUUAAUCUUGUGUUUUUAAUUGAUCUGUGAGGAUUAGCGGGCGUUGCCUGCCUUGUACUUAGAAUAGAUGACAGAAAUAAACAUUUACCUAGUAUCA